UUCAGGGUCCUUACUACUACCUCAUCACUGCUCUAUUACCUUUUGAUUAUGAGCUUGAUUCCUAUUGAUUUCAUCAUUUUUCUUUCAAUUUCUUCUACCUUCAUAUAGUAUUGUCAUGCUUCUUUAUUAUCCUGUUUGUAUAAGUAAUAUAUAGUUUCACUCUUAGGCAAAAUGUUAGCAUGUUUGAAAGAGAAGAGACAUGAACAUAAUCAGACACUUUUCACAAAAAACGGAGGGGCUUUAUUAGAGGAGAUUAUUGCCUUCUGUAAUGGUAGAUCCAAUCCUAUCUGUCAUUUCUCUGCAAAAGAGCUUCCGAUAGCAACAAACAACUGUGAAGCACAACAGAGUUUUGUGCGUAAAAGUCGUUAUACAUUGUACAAAGGUUCUCUAAAGGACUGUCCAAUUUUUGUGAAGAUGUAAUGCUAUGGCGACGAUCCACGGUUUGAUUUGGAAUUCAAAGAUAUUGCCAUUGGAUCACAAAUGAGUGUUCACAAGAAUGUUUUAAAGGUUUUAGGCCUGGAGACCAAAAUACCAUCUAUAGUAUAUGAAUUUGCUGGCACAGAAAUCCUCUCCCCAUGUAUCUCUGCUACUGAUGUUCAGCCACUAUCCUGGAAAUGCAGGUUGAAAAUUGCAAUAGGUAUAGCAAAUGCAGUUGCGUAUCUCCACAAUGCAUUUUCUAGACCAGUUAUCCAUCGAGAAAUUGAUUGCUCAAAUAUCAUAUUGGAUCAGAACAAUGUUCCCAAGCUCUAUGACUUUGGAAUAUGUCUAUCUAUCCCUGAAGGGCAGUCACAUGUAGGGGAUGAUUCUAAGGGGACAAUAUGGUAUAAUGCACCUGAAUAUGUGUUUCCAACUUAUUUAACACAGAAAACUGAUGUUUAUCAGUUCUGUACGCUUCUAAUUGAGCUUUUAAUUGAACAGAAGCUAGGAUCUCUGUGCAAUAGUGUCGAUAGUAGAAUAAAAAAUGAAGGAAUUGAUCAGGAGCAGUUGCUAGAUUUAACAACACUUAUCCAUAGAUGUGUCUCUUAUGAUGAAGAAAAGAGGCCAACAAUGAUCCAGGUUGGCAAACAACUCAGGCGAAUAUAUCACUUUGCACUUCUUCUCAUAUAUGGAGGAACCUUAUUGAUGCCUGGUACCCUUUCAGGCCCCAUAGUCAUUUUUAGUAUUUCUGCGGAGAAGCUUAUUGCCUUCUCUAAUGGCAGGUCCAAUCCCAUCCGUCAUUUUUCAGCAAAAGAGCUUCUGAGAGCAACUAACAACUAUGAUACAAGCCAGAUUUUUGUGAAGGUUGGUGGUUAUCAAUUGUACAAAGGCUCUCUAAAGGACCGUUCAAUUUUUGUUAAGAAGUAUUACGAGCCAUGGGUUGAUUUUGCAAUCAAAGAUAUUGCCAUUGGAUCACAGAUGAGUGUUCACAAGAAUGUUUUAAAGGUUAUAGGAUGCUGCUUGGAGACUGAAGUGCCAACUAUAGUGUAUGAAUUUGCUGACACUAAUAUGCUCUCCACAUGUAUCUCUGUUACUGAUAUACAACUACUGCAGUGGAAAUCCAGGUUGAAAACUGCAAUAGGUUUAGUGAAUGUAAUUGCAUAUCUUCACACUGCAUUUUCUAGACCAGUUAUCCAUCGAGAUAUUAAGUCCUCAAACAUCAUACUGGAUCAGAACAAUGUUCCCAAACUCAUUGACUUUCGACUGUGUAUAUCUAUUCCUGAAGGGCGAUCACACCUAGAAGGGGAUGUUAUAAGGAGAACAGAGUGGUUGACUCCACCUGAAAAUUGGGCUACAAGUUUUUUAACAGAGAAGGCAGAUGUGCAUCAGUUUGGAAUGCUUCUAAUUGAGCUUUUAAGUGGAUGGGACGCAGCUUGCUAUCUAUUGGUGCAUAAUAAAUCGGAUGCUGAUCAAUGCCAUUGUGUCGAAAAUGGUAGAAUAAGAAAUGAAGUAAUUGAUCAGGAGCAGCUGCAGGAUUUCCCAGAACUUCUCCUUAGAUGCAUCUCUUUGGAUGAAGAAAGGAGGCCAACAAUGAUCGAAGUUGGCAAAGAACUCACACGAAUUGAUCAGUCUUUCCCAUCACCUUAUUAG